AUGACAUUGCAUCGUUCACCCAUCACUUGUGAAUAUCUGCUGUCCCAGCCAACUCUCACCUCUUCAGAGAAAAUGAGUUUGAGCCACAUAGAGACUGUGUCCCUGAGCCACUCAAGUCCUCAAGAUAGACAGAGAUCAUCCUGGAAGCCGUGGUUGUGCUCAGCAAUAGCUCUUUUGUUUUUCUUCAGUACACUAAUUGUUACUUUAUCCCCACUCAAGCGGAAUGCUAAAGAGUUCUGCAUAGCUAAGUUUGGACCUCUACCCUCAAAAUGGCAAAUGGCAUCACCUGAACCACCUUGUGUGGUUAAGAUUUCUGACUGGGAGCUGAAGAUACUUCAGAAUGGCUUUUACUUAACUUACGGCCAAGUAGCUUUCAAUAGAACCUAUAAGGGAGCAGCUCCUUUUGAAGUGUGGCUACGGAAGAAUAAAAAACUUAUGCAAGUUCUGACAAACAACUCUCAAAUAGAAACGUUCGGAUGGAUUUAUGAUUUACAUGCUGGAGAAACAAUUGACUUGACAUUCAACGAUGAAAACCAGGUCCUCAAAAAUAAUACAUACUGGGUGCUUGCUUUAAUACCAAAUCAUCCAUUCAUCUCCUAGCACUUUGAUUUGGUCUUUUCAUUUUCUUCAGCAUAUGCAG